AAAAUAGUGUUGGCUAACUACAUAACUAAAGCACCCAAUUGCAUAUCACUGCCACAUUGCUAGUUUGCUUUCUGUAACCCUAAAUUAAUGAAAAUGCGACACCACAGACUUCAAGCAUCCUCAGUUUAACUGUAUUUUUUUUCCUCCCACACACACACACCUUUGACAUCCACAGAUGUGCGGAAAUGACACAGCACGGGCGAGUACGGUCACGUCACGCGAGAGGGCACAGACAGAAGAAAAACACGGCGGACAAGAACACGGACAUCGCUUUAGCCGUGUGUUUAAAUAAUAUCCUUUAUUUGUCGCAGAGGUCACUUUUGCAAAUGUAUUUAAAUGGACUCAGAAAAUGAACACUUCUGAAUAUGGAGAGGAUCCAGAAGGUGAAAUAUCAAAAACAGAGAAAAGAGCAAUCCGCUGUGUUAAAUUAGAAAGAGAAAUGGAUGAUACAGCUAUUGACUGCUCGACAGGGUACAAAGUAACGGAAGGUCACAAGCUAACUUUGCCGUGCACUAGUCUUCAGAUUACUAGCAAAAGGACACAGAUGCAAACGCAGAUUGUUGAAGAUGGUCCAGGCAAUGAACAAGACAUGCCCUCCAGUAUGAAAAGAAUCAAAUUUGCAGCAGAGGGAAAGUUUCAUGGCCUUAGAUCUACAGAGCAGCUGCAGGCAGUUCAGAGAAACAUGGAAUGCACAAGUACAUUGAGGCUUUCGAAUGUGGUGUCCCUCAGUGAGAACAAAGGCUUUCCUAUUGAAAAAACAACAGCUUCUUACAGGAAACCCCUGUAUAGCAUUUCACACAAAAUAACAGAGAAGAAAAACGCUCCAGGCCUGGAUCAGCACACCUCGCUGCAUGAAUCCAGAGAAAGAGUGAACUACAACAGCCUUGUACUCCCCAAAAAAGUAGGGGAACACAACAGGAGGGAACCCAGUGUGAUAGUGGCCACUCCAGAAACCACAAACAGUGAUUCAAACAUGUAUUCUUUAAUAGAAAAGAUGUUUUUCAUUCUCAACACACUGAACUCCAGCAUGACACAGCUUCACAGCAAGGUAGAUGUGCUCUCGCUGGAAGUGACGAGAAUAAAGAAGUGCAUAAAUCCGGCCGAGACAGUGGCAGAAUUCCACCCGCCCCCCGAGUACCAGCUGAACAGCGAGGAACUGAAGCAAUUGGUGGAUCAGACGUCUUUGCCUGGUGACCUGGCCUGCAGGCUGCUGGUGCAGCUUUUUCCAGAGCUUUUUACAGUCGACGAUUUCAACAGGAGCUGCAACGCCUGUGGGAUCGUAGAUUCUGUGAAUAACACAACAACACCACCAAGUGCCAAUCAGACAAACGGCAUGAAUGUAACUACAACGUUGUCUCCAACCUCCACUCUCUCUGGCUCUGGAAACUCCACGACCACCAAAGGCACUGGCAAUGGCCUGCAGUGCCCUCUCAGCUCCAUCCUUGUCCCGCUCAUCACAUCUGCCUCCAUACUCCGCCUCUGCUGCUAAAGCCGGGUUGGAAAAGAGACAACCCAAACUUUAAAAUCCAAUAGUGAAGAUGGAAACAAAAUCACCUUGAGAACGAAUGAUUUGAAACUCAGCUGUUUUUGUUGUAUCAAUGUGUCUGUUAUGAAAAAAUAAAUAAAAAAAAACGAAAUGAAAAACAAAAAAAAAACUAGCUACCACCUGAACUUUCUGCUGACGGAUCUGGAGAAUCAACAUAUCGAAUAUUGUUCAAUGUCAAAACUGCUUUUGAUACUUUAUCGAGCUAGUUCUUAAUUGUACCCUUUUCUAAUCAGCAACACCAAUUUGAUGAAGACCCCAGAAGUCAUCAGUGGUAAAGAGCUUGGGAGGUAGCUCUGAGCAAACCCAUGUCACUGAACAGAACUGUUCUAAAGCCCAAGAAGUAUAAGGAAACCUUUUUGGCCACUAUUAAAGCAGCAAGUUGAAUUUCACAUGUCAAGCAGUUUUCACCAAGUUGCUUAGAUCAACUUGGAUAAUGCCAUCAACGUUGCUAGAAAAGUUGCCUGCUAGUUCUCUUUGUAAUUUCUGUUGAGGGUUAUGUAGGUUUUUCCAGAGCUGUUUGUGAGCUUCUAGGCAUCCCAAAAAACUUUCAUAUUAAGAGGUCAGUUAUUUGAAAACAGUGGCCAAAAUGAAACUUUAGCUCCUGCAUGAAGGAAACUUUGUCUUUGUUUUUCUAAGUCCUUUGAAAAAUAAAAACAAACUAAAACUCACUCUUAAAUUAUUAGCAUGGGUUUCAUAAAACGAAAACCUGAGUUAAUUAAUCAAAAAAUGGGAUUUAAAACAAAAACAGUCCUUAAAGUUUUGUGAACAGGGCCCAUAGGUAUAGCAUUGACACCCAAACCCAGAUUUUUAAUUCUUUAAAAUUUCUAUUUUAGCAUCGAUUUAAAGAGAUUUUGUUUAUUUUCAAUUUUAGAUUUUUAUUUCCAAGAAAAUCUGCAUGUAAAAAUAUUAAAUCAUAUUCCCAUUCAAGAUUAAAGUAGAUGGUCAGAGGUAGGGCUUAUUUACCAUAUUACAGUAACAGCAUUUAUGCAUGUGCAUUUUCUUUUCUUUUCAUAGCUAGACAAGUUCUUACAAGAUUACAGAAUAUCUUAACACUUUGUUACUCUACAUUUCUUUAUUGUACAAGCUACCCAACAAUAGUGCUGACGGCAUUUCAGCUGGUCAGAUUGUUAAGUUGGUGUGGUGAAAGAUUUUCUCCCAUAGUUUAUAUUUUUUGUAUAAUUGCACUGUUUAAGAGGACAACUUGCAUCUGUAAAUGAGUUUGAAUGAUGACAGAGGUCAGGUAAACUGUCGGAAACAAACAAAAAUGCAUUUCAUAUUAUAGUCAAGAAUCAUUUGUACUGUUUCUUUUUUUGUUAAGGAAACCACAAAAUGUAAUUUGUUUGCCCUAUAAUCUCCAAAUUGGGGUCAUGAUUGAUAUAAGAAUGAGGAAAACGUGGCUAUACUUACAAUCCCCAAAAAAUAAAUAAAUAAAUAAAAAUAA